AUACAUUCAGUUACGUCCGGCUCGUCGAGGCGUCAAGACGUUUACAAAAAAAUUUUUUUUUUUUAAUUUCUAAAUGUACAAGUACUUAGUCAUUUUUAUUAUUUAUUUUUCAACAUCAAAAAUUCAUACUCUGCACAUUUUAUUCAUGCAAAAUAAUCACAAAGACUUUUGUGCAAGUUUGCAGAAAAAUAAAAGUUUCCCAUGAUAAUUUGGUGGAAUUUUUUUGCUUUUAAAUUCUUUUGUAAAUUGAUAUUUUUUUUUUUUUGUCUUGAGAAGAGAAAAUUAUAUUUGAUAAUGAUUGUGCGACGAAUUUAUUUAUCUCAUGGUAUCAAUUGGAUAAAUAUGAUGACAAUCAUUGUCUCUAGUGAUGGAAUAAAGUGUUUGUUAUUUGUCAACAUGUUGAUGAAAUCAUUUUAAUUGAAUAAUUGUGUCUAUUGGUUUUGAAAAUUUUUUUUUCGAGUGCAGGGUCAAGUGAUAUAUACACACACGCACAAAUCUUAUUUAAUCGAUGGCCUUUUUUAUCUGUCAUCUUGUCAUUGUCAAUUCAAAUUUGUUAUUGUGAUUUUUUUUUUAUUAUUCCUUUAAUUAAUCGAUCUCCCCUUUUUUUUGAUAGCGCUGUUGGUUUUUUUUUUUUUUUUUUCGUGGAAAAAAGUGUUGGUUGAUUCGAAAUUUAUUAAGUGGAAAAUAUAAAUUAUAUUUAUUGUUGAAAGUUUUGAUCUCGGUGAUCUUUGGAUUAAUCAAAGAUGGCGUGUAUCAGAGCACCAAGAUCUGUUCGCAGUUCUUGCGAUGAUAUUAAAGCUGAUUCAACAAGAAAUACCGUUCAGAUAUACACUGACUGGGCAAAUCACUACCUUGAACGUGGUGGAUGCAAAAAAAGGGUCACUGACCUUCAGGCUGAUCUUUGUGACGGUGUUUUACUUGCUGAUCUCGUUGAGGCAGUCACAAAUCAAAAGGUGAUAGACGUCAACCGGAAGCCAAAAAGUGCCCAACAAAUGGUUGAAAACGUGAGCUUGUGCGUAGGUGCAUUACGAGCCUUGGGAGCAGACGUUGGUGCUGUAAAUCCUGGUGAAUUAUCAACUGGUACAUCCCUCCGGCCUGUUCUAGCACUUCUUUUUGCUCUUUCGCGGCAUAAACAACGAGCAAAACAACUCCAAGACAUGCCAAAACUACCAUCACCCUACAACAAACAAAAUGCCGUUGGCAUUGUUGGGGGAGGCAUUCCUCUUCCUGCCACCGUUGCAGCCACCAGAAGAUGCCCCCCGGACAAGGUCAGGCCUGCCCCAUCUCCAGCACAUCAAACACAACUUGGAGGUUUUAAAAACGGUAAUGGUGCUAUUGGAAGUGCAAGUAGUUCAAGAAGUACAAGUCCAAGUCAACAACAACCACCACAAAGUGGUUUAUCAUUUAUUCCACAACCAAGAAAUCAAAGUACAACAAAUCGUCAGCCAACAGCAACAACACCAAGCCCAAGAGCAUCGACAGUUGGUCGUCCAAGUGGUGGUUUACGUGUUCCACAACAAUCACCAUAUUCAUCAUCAUCACCAACAACACAACAACCACCACAACAACAACAACAACAACAAAAUAAAAAUUCUGUAUUGGAUAAAUUUAAAUUAUUCAAUAAUAAUAAAGAUAAAAAUCAAGAACGUGGUAAAGCAUCAUCUGGUGUAUCAAAACGUACAUCAAGUUCAUCCGGGUUUUCAUCAGCAAGAUCAGAACAUUCAGAUAGUUCAACAUCAUUAUGUGAACAAGGAAAAUUAACAACAAUUGAAACACCUAAAACACGUGUAUUAAAAACAAAAUUACAAACUAAAACAACAAAACAAUCAAGUCCAAAAACUGGUAGAAAAGAACAAACAAAAUCACAAAGUAAAAUUGCUAGAACAAAAUUAACAAAUGAUAAAUUAUCAUAUUCAUCAACAAUUGAUGAUAGUAAAACAAUUAAUAAAAUAACAAAUAAUAUUGUUGUUAAUAAUACAACAAAAUUACAAGUUGAUAAAAAAACAAUUAACAACAAUGAUACAAUAAAACAACAACAACAAACAUGUCAAUUACAAAAAUAUAAUUCAUCAAUUGUACAACCAGGUCAUCAUCAACAGCAACAACAACAACAACAACAAAAAGAUUUAAAAUUAUCAACGAGUAUUAAGACUGAACAAAAAACAAUACAAAGACCAAAAAUGGACUUACCAAGUAAAUUAAAUGAUACUAAAAUACAAAAUUUAAAAUUACCAAUAAAUGGUAUUAAUAAAGAUAUAAAAAAUAUAAUUCCAAAUGGUUUUAUUAAAAAUCAUAAUAAUGAUUGUCAAAUUGUUGUUGAUAAUAUUGAUAAAAAAAUAUGUAUUAAUGAGAUAAAUAAUAUUGAUGAUAAUAAUGUUGAAUUAACUGUAAAUCAUGAGACUGAUAUGACUAGUAAUAUUAAAAAUCCAGAAAAUGAUAAUGAUCAUGUAAAUUUAAUUGAUAAAAUUGAUGAUAAACAUAUUAAUAUGGAUGAUAAAAAUACUAUUGAAGAUAUACAAAUUACAAAUGAUUAUAAUGAAUCAAUUAUCAAUGAUAAUAAUCAUAUUAAUGACAAAGAAUUAUCAUCACCAAUUCAAGAUGAUUUAAAAAGUCCACAAAAACAACAACAGCAACAAUCUUGUGGUGUUAAUAAUUCUUGUCCAUUACCAGGACCAAAUGGUAGUGGACAAACAGCACCAGGAUUGAGUCCAGGUUCAAGCAUUCCAAAACCAAUGGCACUUGUUAAAGGAACAACAAAACCAACAAAAGAUAUUAAUCAUAUACAAAAUUCAGCAAAAUUAAAAAUUGAUAGUUUACAUCGUAAACUUGAUCCAAAUACUGUUGCAAUGGUAUCACCAAUGCCAAGUAUAUCUGAUCUUAUGUCAGAAAGUUCACAUAGUAAUUCAAAUAGUACUGGACAAAGUAAUUCAAGUGAUAGUAGUGUUAUUUAUAGACCAAGUAGUGAAAGUGGUAGUGAAAUUAAAACCAUUCCAAAUAGAAAAAUUGAUACGACUUUUGAACAAAUGGAAAAGGUUUUAUCAGAGUCAAAUUGUGGUGGUAAUGUUGUUGAAGAUGAUGCAGAAAUGGAUGUUAAACCAAUGCUUCCAAUUUUACCUGGUUAUACACUUGGUGCACGUGGACUUCAAACACUACCUACACGUACAAACACAAGACAAUAUACAAUACUUCAUUCUUCAUCACAUCAUCAUGUUGCCCAAGAUUAUACAGACAUUGACAUUGCAUCUGGUUAUUUGAGUGACGGUGAAAUUUUACGUGGUGGUAUUAAUGUUGGUAAUCGUGCAAUGUCUGAUCUUUGUGAUGGUUACAUGUCUGAGGGUGGUGCUUCAUUAUACGCAAAACGUCUCAAUCCAUCUUACAGCCAUGACCAAGAAAGAUAUGUUGGUGGUUCAAGGCGUGAAUUAGUAGGUGUUAAAGAAUUAGUUAAUACAAGAAGAGUACAAAAAAAUAAUAGACAUCCUUCAUCAAAUGUCAGAGAUGGUAGUACAACUGGUUGUACUGGUGGAUUACUAGGUGGUUGCAGUGGUGGCAGUGACGCACUGGCGGAAUUAACAAUUGAAGACCUGGCUGCCAUUCCUACUGGCAAUCACAGUGUUUCACAUCAUACUGGUCAUCCUUCUCAUCACAAGAGAGUUCCGGGUAGUGGAAAUGGACUUACGGGGGGUGGUGUUGUAAGUGGAACAGCCACCCCCCAAUCAAACCAACAAGCCAACAACCCUGUAUAUCGAGUUGUUAGCUCAAGACAUCCUGGUCAUCAUAGUCACGUUAAAAAAUCUGAUAGUUCACAACAAACUGAUAAUUCAGUAUUUAAAAAUCAUCAACAACAACAACAACAACAACAACAACAACAACAUCAUCAACAGCAACAACAACAACAGCAGCAGCAGCAACAGCAACAACAAAAUAAUUGUUCACCAAACAAUACAAAUUCAAACAGUCAACAAUGGAAAAAAUAUAUAGAAGCUGGAGCAGCAAGAGAACGAGACAAAGAAAUAAUACCAUCAAGUCCUAGUCCAUCAAGACGAUCUCAGGAGAAACACAGAAAACAAGCAAUGGCAGAGUAUACAAAUGGUGAUAAUAAACAACAAAAAGUAUCAUCAAGUACAUCAACAAGCAGCAGUAGUAGUAAUAAAGUCAGAGGUGUACCACAAAGUUUUGGAUAUGUCAAGAGACACAGUGCUGGAACAAGUACAAGUCCAAAUGGUGUACAAAAUGGUAAUAAAGAUCCAACAAGAACAGCACAAGUUAGUGCUGUACCACGUACAAAGGUCAAAGUGUCAGGUGGUACACAAACAUGUACAACUGAAUUACAAGCAAAUUCAUCAGCUACAAAUCAGGGUCAUCAUUAUAAAAGUUACAGUUUAACUGGUCCAAGUGCAAGUCAAUUAUCACAAUCAGUUAGAGAUCGUUUGAUGCUUGGUUCUCAAAGUUUACCAAAACCUGGCAGUCCUGAAUUUACAGCAUUAUUUGCUGCUGCACAUCAUCGUGAACGUGCUAAUGGUGGAGGUGGUAAUAAUAGUGGUGCUAGUUGUGGUAAUAAUAGUAAUUCUGGUGGAUCAGCAACUUCAAAUUUUUCACCUCGUGUAUUAAAACCAUCAGAUGGUAGUUUAAGUGAUACUUGCAGUACAUAUGCUGCACCAGAUAUGCAAGGUUAUUAUGCACCAAAUAGUCCAUACACAACAUCAUGGAUGAGACACAGUAAUACAUAUACACCAAGUGGAAGAUCACAAGGUAUGGGACUGUGUGAGGCGGACAGUGUUGAAUCUUUGGGUUCUCAUCGAGCAAGUUUGACCCACGCUCGUCUCUUGAUGCAUCAACGGGAUUCAACCGGAUCACCAGCACCGCCCAGACUCAACAGAAGCAAUUCAAUCAGCCAUCUAAGAGACAGGACAUUUCCAAGAUCAACAAAGAGUGAAAAAAUGUAUCCAUCAAUGUUGGCAAGAGGUAGUGGUACAUCGUCAUCAGUUGGUGAAGAAGUUGGUAUUGGUAUUGGAGUUGGUGGUGAACCUUAUUACAGUGUUCCAGUUGGUACUAUUGGUUGUCCUGGUCAACACUGGUCACAGCCAACAUCACCAACACCAACUCAUCCAUCAAGACAACCACCAAAUCUUUAUCAACAUGUACACAAAGACGAUGACAUUCAUGGUUCUUCAGUAUCCCUAGUCUCCACAGCAAGCAGUCUUUACAGUUCUGCUGAAGAAAAACAAGCUCAUGAAUUGAGAAAGCUGAGACGUGAGCUACUUGACGCCCAGGAAAAAGUACAUUCCUUGACAAGUCAACUAUCAACAAAUGCCCACGUUGUAUCGGCAUUUGAACAAUCCUUGCAAAACAUGACCCAGAGACUUCAGCAACUAACAGCAACAGCCGAGAAGAAGGAUUCUGAACUUCAAGAACUUCGUGAUACAAUUGAAAGAUUAAGAAAACAAAGUGCUGAAGCAAGUUUAAAUAAUUCAACAUCACCAAAUGGUAGAAGACAUACACUUGGUGAAUCAGAUAAUAAUACAACAAAUGCUGGUACAAAUUAUAAUAAUCAUCAAGACACAACAAUAGCACGUCAAUUAUCAGCUGAUUCAGUAACAUCAUUAAAUUCAUUAAGCAGUGCAUGUUCAAUAAGUAGUCAUAAUAAAAAAAAAGGAUGGUUAAGAAGUUCAUUUUCAAAAGCAUUCUCCAGGUCACGCAAGAAUAGACAUGGUUCAGUAUCAGAUGCUGAUGAUUGUAAAGAUAUUAGUAUUAUUGGAUGUGGUGAAUUAAGUGUACCAAAUAGUCCAAGACUUCCGACAUCUGUCAAGCAUGAAAAUUCACAUAAUAAUCAUCAUGAUAAAAUUAAUAAUGGUGAAAAAUCACCAGAUUAUAUUGAUAAUGAAUUAACUGAUAAUAAUAGUACAACAGGAUUAUUUAAAAAAGAUGAAGAUGUUGAUGAAUUAAAAAAACAGCUAAGAGAAAAAGAUCUUAUGAUGACAGACAUUAGACUUGAGGCAUUGUCAUCAGCUCAUCAAUUAGUAUCACUCAAAGAUCACAUCAACAAAAUGCGGAAUGAAAUGCUGAAUUUAAAACAGGACAAUGAAAGAUUACAACGAUUAGUAACAUCAAAAUCAUUGACAUCAUCACAAUCAUCAUUACCAAGUGAUCCUGAUCGUCGUUUUAGCAUGACUGAAGUAUCAUCAUCAAAUGUCGUAGCAGGUUUAACAAAUGGUGAUACACAUACAACAACAAUUGAUCAAUUGGAUGAUUUACAAAUAACACAAUCAAAUAGCUCACAAAUAAUAAAUAAUAAUAUUAAUAAUACAACAACAACAACAACAACAACAUCAACAACAAAUGAACCAAAUGUAGAACAAGAAACAGAUGGUAAACGUAUUAAUAUUGCAAUAUAUAUUGGUAGUGAAAAUAAUUUUAAUUUUAAUUUAAUAUCAAGUAAUAAUGAUGGUGUUAUUGGUGAACCACCAAAUUCAAUAAUAUCAAAUGUUUGUAUAUCAAAUAAAACAACAUGGGAUUCACUUGAUUCAACAGUUAAAAGACAUUUUAAAGAUUAUAUUAAUCGUGUUGAUCCAAUAACAAAUUUAGGUCUUGGUAUUGAUUGUUUAUCAGCAUAUCAUAUUGGUGAAGCAUCAAGAUAUACAAAUGAUACACAAUAUCCAGAAUUAUUACCAUGUGGUUAUUUAGUUGGACAUGUUAAAACAAUAUAUAUUGUAUUAUCUGGUUAUUCAUGGCUUGCUAUUGAUACAUUAAUACCACGUUCAAUUGUACAACGUCUUGUAUCACAAUUAUCAGAACAUCGACGUUUAAUAUUAUGUGGACCAAGUGGUGCUGGUAAAAGUUAUCUUGCUGGUAAACUUGCUAAUGCAUUUGUUGAUUUUGAUAAUAAUGAUUGUAAAGAUAUAUCAUCUGUUGCAACAUUUAAUGUUGAUCAUAAUACAAGUAAAGAAUUACGUCAAUAUUUAGUACAUAUUGCUGAACGUUGUGCAUCAAAUGCUGGUGAUGAAUUACCCAGAGUUAUUAUACUUGAAAAUUUACAACAUGCAACAUCAUUGGGUGAAUUAUUUAGUGGUUUACCUGGUACAAAUUGUUUACCUGGUACACGUAAUACAUUAUCAUCAUGUCCAGCAAUUAUUGGUACAAUGAGUCAAGCAACAUGUAAUACAACAAAUUUACAAUUACAUCAUAAUUUUAGAUGGGUAUUAUUUGCAAAUAAUAUGGAACCAGUUAAAGGUUUUUUGGGUAGAUAUUUGAGAAGAAAAUUAUUAGAACAUGAAUUAAAAGAUACAAAUAAUUUUAUUGGUGGUAAUGGUAUUAAAAAUUCAGAAAUGGCUGCUGUUGUUGAAUGGCUACCACGUGUAUGGUUACAUUUAAAUAAAUUUUUAGAAGGACACAGUAGUACUGAUGUUACAAUUGGACCAAGAUUAUUUUUAUCAUGUCCAAUGGAAAUAUCUGGUUCACAAGUAUGGUUUACUGAUUUAUGGAAUUAUUCAGUUAUACCAUAUUUAGUUGAAACAGUUAGAGAAGGUUUAGCACUUUAUGGAAGAAGACAAACUACCAAUGGUAAUAACAAUAAUAAUAAUAAUAACAAUGAUUGUACUUGGGAAGAUCCAACACAAUUUAUUGUUACAACUUAUCCAUGGAUAUCAUCACAUGCUGUUCAUGGUGGUAGUGAUGCACUUUUAAGAUUAAGACCAGAUGAUGUUGGAUAUGAUGAUGUUGGAUCAGGACAUAAUUCUGGUGUUGGUGCAUCAAGUGUUAAGAGUCUUGGUAGUACUCACAGUGACACUGAAGGUGAUCCUUUGUUAAAUAUGUUAAUGAGACUACAGGAAGCAGCCAAUUACUCAAAUCCACAUGGAAAUGACAGUGAUUCAGUAACAUCUCUUGAUUCAUCUCAUACAAGACACUCGGAAGAAUUAAAUACUUCAACUUCCUCAUCUAGAGGAGUUGAAUCUGCACUUUAAAUUCAUUUGUCACUUAUUUUAACAAGCAUGCCAUUUGUAAAGCAAAAAAACAAAACGAUAUAAUUUUAUUUUUAUUUAUAUAAUUAUUUAUUAGAAAAAAAAAAAAAAAAAAAAAAAACAAAUUGACGAGAACAAACAAAAUAAUAAAUAUUAAAAUUUAUAAAACUGCCUAAUUUUUUAAACAACAAUAUAAAUAAAUUAUUCAAAUUGUCUACGAAAAUAUUGUUCAACAGGUUCUAAUAAUUAAUAUAAAUAUAUUUCAAUGUAUAAUGGCGAUAAUUAAAUGUUUCGAAUUAAGUAACUUUCUAUAAAAUGUCAUUGAAAACAAACGGCGUAAGUAAUAAAUCAAGCACAUUAUUAUUUUGCAUAUAAAAAAAAAAAAAGGAGAAUUGUAUUUUUAAAAAAUAUACAUUU